AAUGCUACCAACAGCCUCGCCCCAAACUUAACCGCUUCUUCAAGCUCUGGUAGCUUGGGCGUGCGUUGUGUACCUUAGUACAGUUGUGCCAAGACAUAGCCUUUGUCUGCGCAAAGCACCUAUAUUACUGGACUGACUUCCUUUCCAGACGCUUUGCUAGGAAACACUGUCAGAUACAAUGUCGUCCUCUACGGUGCGCGUUCCUUACUCUCAUGAGCUGUACGCUAUGAGCCGGCACAUUGUGUUCCGUGCCGAGAAGGAGCACAAAGCAGCCGUCGAGUGCAAGGGCAAGCACGACUGGCCGGAGGACUGCAAGCCAGAGUCUGAGGCCCUGGUGCGGGCGACCAACAAGCUCUACAAGGAGAUCAUGGAGAAGUCGCCUACCGAGUUCAAGGAGUAUGCCCAAUGCCUGGAUUGGUACGGACUGCGCUUCUCCCGCUGCCGCGACAAGCAGGCUGCCUUCGAGGCGGCCUUCCCCAUUGUGGAGCCCAAGAAGUAAAGCGGGGCUGCAAAGUGUUGGACUCAGGGCAGAGUUGGAUAGGCGGCAUGGGGGAGCAAGGGGAGGCGGAGGAGGCGACGCAGCACAGGCUUAGCUGGAGGAAAGCCCCUACAUGGGUGGAGCGGAGCGGAGGAAGAGCAGCGGAGGAGAGGGAGGACUCGGGCGUGGGAUAAGCAUGGUGGUGCCCCGCCGUGUAGCCGCUGCGUUGGCCCAGCCAACUCCCCCGCUCGACUCCACUCGAAGGGUGUAGGACGGCGCGUCGCUGGCUUCUAGCUGGAUGGUGAUGUGCUGUCCUUAAGAGUCAUGGGGGCAGUCAUGGGGUGAUGGAAUAUCGGGAGUGGCAUGUGGUGGCAUCUAGAAGUAGGUUGCCUAAGGGGAGGAUGGAGAAAGUCGUCGAGUAAAAGACAAAGGAGCUACUAGGAAGGCUGAUGUUUGUCGGAGUUCGGUGUUGGUUGGUCGUCGCUUAGUUCUACUCCUUGCGUGCUGUUAUCUGCGGGUUCGGUAGUUCGUGUCAAGGACAUUUGCGUGAGCGCUCUAUGCUUGGGGCGGGAGUCAUUACCGGACCUUCAGCUGCGUGCAAUGGGUUGUACUGACGGAGAUGCUUCUUUGGCCUGGCAGUGCAGGAUGACCGGGGGCUCCUGUCGUGCGGAGGAG